AUGGGAGAAGGAGAAGGAGGGUUUCUUAUGUUUAUUAAAGUGGUAAUACAAAGGCGAAUCGAGCAAGAAGGUCGUUUGUUAGUUAGUGCAGUUGAAAAGUUCUUAGAAAAGAACAAUCUAGUGACGGCUGGGGAGAAUUCUGCUCUUUCAGAAUCACCAGAACGGCAGUGGUUUGAAGGCUUAAAAGGCCGUUGGCACGAGCUUUGGAUUAGAUCGCUUUCUGUGAUUUUGGGUAUCGGUGCUCGUGUCAAUCCUCAGCAGUUAAAUGGAAUUUUUGCUCUGGUGCAUGCUGCUCUGCCUCCAGACCCAAAAAGAACCAUAGAAUUGCAUUAG